UUUGCCAGCGCUCUGGGGACCUACAUGCGUGGGCAGUGCAUCAGCGACCUGAAGGUGUGGACCAGCCACAUGAAGAGGACCAUCCAGACCGCCGAGGCUCUGGGGGUCCCGUACGAACAGUGGAAGGCCCUCAACGAAAUCGAUGCUGGUGUCUGUGAAGAAAUGAUGUAUGAGGAGAUUCAGCAGAAUUACCCCGAGGAGUUUGCACUGAGGGACCAGGACAAGUAUCGCUACCGCUACCCGAAAGGAGAGUCGUACGAGGACCUCGUCCAGCGUUUGGAGCCGGUCAUCAUGGAGCUGGAGAGACAGGAGAACGUCCUCGUCAUCUGUCACCAGGCCGUCAUGAGAUGUCUCCUGGCUUACUUCCUGGACAAAACUGCUGACGAGCUGCCGUACCUGAAGUGUCCUCUCCACACGGUGCUGAAACUGACUCCAGUGGCCUACGGUUGCAAAGUGGAGUCUGUCUUCCUCAACAUCGAAGCUGUCAACACGCACAGAGACAAACCUGUG